GAUCAGACACAGGUGGUUUAUGCACAGUGUUCAAACCUUACCUGGGUGAAGACAGGUGCCAAGCAGGUUUCAACUGUGGGUAACGACGAGAAGUGGGCAUUUACGGUCAUGGUAUCGAUUGCAAAUGAUGGCACCAUGCUGCCCCUCCAGGCCAUCUAUCAAGGAUAUUCAAAGGUAUCACACCCCAGUCCAUCAGCUCCCAAUUACGAGAACUGCAUGAACGCAGGGUUUCAUUUUGAAUAUUCCAACACAAAAGCCUAUUGGUCUACACAUGCGACAAUG